CUCGGCGCGGACAAAAUGUCGGCGGUCGGCGCGGCCCGGCGGGGCGGGGACCUGCCCGGGGUGCAGAGAGCGGCCGGCAGCCCCCAGGCGCUGGCGGGGCCCGGCGCGCUGAGCGGAGCAUGGCUGGCCAAGGAAGAGCAGUACAAGUAAGGAGGCCCUGCCCCGCCGGGACCAGCGCACAGCCGGUCCCCUGUGCCCGGGGGCCGCGGCCCAGUCCCCGCAGAGGGCGGAUGGCACUGCCCGGGGCCGCGGGAGAGCGCCCACGCCCCUGGACACCGCUGCCUCAGGCAGGCUCUAGGCCCGGACAUGAGGCGACUGAAUGCAGAAUUAGAAGCCAAAACAGAAAAACUGGUGCGUCAGGCUGAAGAACUAAUGAAAGGCCAACAGAAGAUACUAUCUCAGCCAGUUUCAGUGCAGAGUAAGUCACCUGAAGAUGACAGACAGAGAGAUCCACUCUGUCCCGAAGUUUCAUCUCUUACGCACUCACUUGCAAAGGUAGAAAACAAGAAGAAAUUUCCUUCUGUGCCUACAGCUCAGAACAGACCAUACUCUGCAAGUAAGGGAAAAAGAACUACUUCAAGUUCAAAAAUAAGAAAUGUGGAAGUACAAAGUGCUGAUGGUGUUGCAGUACUGGAAGAUUGCAUAGGUUUUUCUUUAACAAAAACAAUUAGCAAAGUUGAAGAAAGACUAAAGAAAGGAGUCUUACCAGACUGUCAAGAUGAUGAUAUUUUUCCAAAGGUUGGAAAUGAAAUGGGAGCAGAAGCUCAAAUCAGAUUGCUUAAGGCAAAGUUACGUGUGAUGCAGGAAGACCUGGCAAAUAUAGUGUUUGAAUGCAGGAAAAAGGAUGAUGAAAAUCAGAAUUUAGGAACUCGGCUUAAAGAUACCGAAGAAGAAAACUCAAGACUGCAACGAACAAUCAGCCUGCAGAAGUCUCAGAUUGAGAAGUACAAAAUGUUGUCACAAGAAGCAAACAAAAAAACUGAAGGGUUACAACAAGAGGUCACUGCACUAGAAAAGGAAUUGGAGAGUCUAAAGCGUGCCCAAAAGCAGGCUGCAGCCACCCAGAGUGCAACAGAGGUUCGUUUAAACAGGGCCUUGGAAGAAGUGGAGAAGUAUAAAGGGGAGCUGAAUAAACUGAAGCAAAGCAACAAGGAUGUAGCUAAUCAAGAACUCAAAAUGAUUGAAGAGUUAAAAACAGAAAACAAGAAACUGCAGAAACAAAAAGGAGAGCUAAUUACAGGUUUUAAAAAGCAGUUAAAGUUAAUUGAUAUUUUGAAGAGACAAAAGAUGCACAUUGAAGCUGCCAAGAUGCUUUCUUUUACCGAAGAGGAAUUCAUGAAAGCUCUUGAGUGGGGAAGUUAUUGAUCCCAUUAAAUAACUUCUGUUUGAAAGAUGAGUCAGAUGUAUGAAUGGUACAUUUUUUU